GAUAUAUGUCCAGUCUUUGCCUAUAAGUGUUAUGUGAGAGUUGUGUCAUUGUUUAUAUAAUAUUUUUUUCUACCUUGAGAUGGGGCGACUGAUCCUUGCUGUCCUGGUAGCGUUAGCGUCUGUUCUAAUUUACUUCCUGUACCUGAGAAGUCCACCCCCAUUACCAGAAAUCGACCUCGAAGAAUGGUGGGGAACUGAGCUAUCAAAGUCCAAGCAAGAUGACAGCAUAAAGCCAUUUAAAGUGGAUUUCAAUGAAGUGAUGAUUAAAGAUUUGAAAGACCGGCUCAGAGACCGUCACCCAUUGGCUCCUCCUCUAAAAGGUGUCGCCUUCGAGUAUGGUUUCAACAGCAAGCAGUUAGAGGGUUGGUUGAAAUACUGGGCAGAAGAAUACUCAUUCAAAGAACGUGAAAAUUUUUUCAAUAAUUAUCCUCACUUUAAGACUGAUAUCCAAGGGUUGAGCAUUCACUUCGUCAGAGUGACGCCGGAGGUCCCCCCUGGUGUGGAAGUCAUUCCGCUGCUGCUACUCCACGGCUGGCCGGGCUCAGUCAGAGAGUUCUAUGAAGCUAUACCAUACCUAACUUCUGCUUCAAGGGACAGAGACUUCGCUCUUGAACUCAUUAUACCCAGCUUGCCCGGAUAUGGUUUUUCUAGUGGUGCCAAGCGUCCAGGACUUGGUGCUGACAAAGUAGCUGUAGUUUUCAGAAAUCUAAUGCAUCGUCUUGGUUUCAAAAAGUACUAUAUUCAAGGAGGAGACUGGGGAGCACUGAUCACAAGUUGCAUGGCUACAUUCUUCCCUGAUGAGGUCCUCGGCUACCAUUCAAACAUGCCGUUCAUAAUGUCACCUAAAGUCACAUUGAUCACGUUGAUUGGAGCCUUAUACCCACCUCUCGUUGUUGGCUCAAAUGUCCAAGACCGUAUGUAUCCUAUGUUGGAAAAAUACGCGAAUAUAAUUGAAGAAACAGGAUACAUGCAUAUUCAAUCCACAAAACCGGAUACUAUUGGUGUUGCUCUCUCCGACUCCCCAACUGGUCUCGCAGCCUAUAUCCUCGAGAAGUUUUCCACCUGGACUCAGUUGUCAAACCGCAAAGCCACAGACGGUGCUCUCACCAAGCAAUUCAGUAGAGAUCAAUUGCUCGACAAUCUUAUGGUCUACUGGUCUUCUAAUUCCAUUACAACAUCCAUGAGACUGUAUGCUGAAACCUUUAACAAGAGAUACUUGGGGUUGGGGCUGGAAGAAAUUCCCACUAAUGUUCCUGCAUGGUUCAUCCAAGCGAAGAAUGAGUUGACGUACACUCCCAUCUGGGCAUUGAAGACAAAGUACCCUAAUAUCAUCAAUGAGACCAUAUUAGAUGACGGUGGACACUUCCUGGCCUUCCAGCUGCCCGAGAUCUUUUCGAACGAUGUCAUCAAAGCCAUACAGAGCUUUAGGGCAUGGCAUAAGAACAAUAAAAAAACUGAAUUAUAGAAUUUUUUCAAUUGUUUUGU